UACAUGCGAUAACGUGCCACUAAAAAACGAAGGCGCGGAACACACGAAAAGUCCGAAUCCGCCACUUCUUGAACUGACGUCACAAUGCAGGCCAUGGUCGAGCCUUUCGAACAGCGAACCAAUGAGAGCCCGACUUUGGAGCCGAGCCCCCAUCGGAGUCACCAAUGAGCAGGCUCAAUCACUGAUCAAGCCUUUCCCCGGUCACGUGAGCGCUGGAUGCCAGCAUGGAAGUCAAGAGUUGCUGCAGCGCCAUGCGGGCCCGGGGGUAGCACGGGGGAUCCACUCUCGCGAUCGAUCAGACAUCUGAUUCUAAAGACCACUUAUAUUCUGGAAAAGGGACCCCCCACCCUGGUUCUGCCAGGGGUUGAGGGGGGAGGUCUUUAGCCUAAGAAUGGUUUCUGUAAACUGCAGUGAGCCUCUGCCUGCCUCUGAUCUCCUUUCCAAUGCUGCUUCCCCUUGUGGUCAGAAAAGGACUACACCACAGUGGACUGACAUGCCCAUUCUCACGCCUCUGAAGAAUUGUAACUUUUCAUCUCCUUCCUCGGACAAACUGUUAGACAGCACAACUGUCUCUAUAAAGGAGGAGUGUGAAGAAGGAGGAAAUGAGAUGCAAGAGAAGGUAGAAAGUAUUGUUGUCCCCCAGCAGAUGAGGUCAGUGGAGGACGCCAAGGAAUCCACUCUCAUGGCACAUUUGAAAGUCCCAGAUUUCUGUGCCCAGUUUUCCCAGGACUUCUCUCCCACACUGGAAGAAAUCGAGGAGUUUUUGAAAGACAAUAUGGAUAAUAUUCGAGAGGAACUUGGUGAGAGACUUCAAGGAUCAAAGACAGAAGAACAACUGUUUCCAGCAGACCAAGCUCAGCUGAGUAAGGAUGUGGCCACUCCUGUGACGGCAGAUGCUUCCAUUACUUCCUCCUCAACAGAGAAAAGUAUUCCUGUCUUCGUCCAGAUUCAGCCAGUGCCUGCACCUGGUGCUGCUGCCGUUACCACAACCCCAACUGGUAGUGUAAGAGUGGCACAGUUAGUAAUCAGUGUGCAGGGCCAGAGCUUAGCACUGGCACCCAUCCCAGGACCUACCUCACCUGGUGACCAGAAGUAUGUUAGAAUUGCUCCCCUUCCUGUAGCGGUCCGUCCCCUUGGAGUCUUUGUGAGUGAGGGACAGCAGAGAACACAGAAGGGGACAUCAGCUGUGAUCAGGGUACACAAAUGUAGCCACCCUGGUUGUAACAAGAUGUACACUAAAAGUUCACACCUUAAGGCCCACUUCAGGAGGCACACGGGAGAGAAGCCUUAUAUCUGCACAUGGCCAGACUGUGGCUGGAGGUUUUCCCGCUCAGAUGAGCUCUCCCGACACAAAAGAUCCCACUCUGGUGUGAAGCCAUAUCAGUGCUCUGUGUGUGAAAAAAAAUUUGCCCGCAGUGACCAUCUGGCAAAACACAUGAAGAUUCACCGUGGCCAGAGGGUCAAUGGGUCUCGGACAUCACGGGCCACCACUUAAAACCUUCUCCUUCCUGUCUGUUACAGAAUCGGCUUAAUGUGAAGAUUGUUUCAUAAACUACACCCCCCCCCCGGGAACUUAUGACAACUGGAGCACCAAGGCAACCUACAAAAUACAGUUCAGUUAACCAUGUUACCAUGAAUAGAUACUGCAAAGCAUUAAAGGCCAGUAUCCAACAGAAAAGAAAUCCAUCCACCUAACUAUAGUUAAAACCAAAGGGUGUUCUAACAACCCUUUCCUAAAUCAAUGUUGGGUAGUGGCGGCUUUUUACAUCAAACCCUGUGAAUCUUGUCCUACCUCUUCUGUUUGACUGUUACAUCUCCACUAGAUAACUGCCAGGUCCCUGGCUAAAAAAACUGAAAUACAUCUGCAGUUUUGUAAAUAAUGUAUGGAUAAAAUGUCUGUUACCUUUUUUUAUGCGUUUAUCCCUAUAUAUAAUGUGUAUAACCCGACUAGAGCACUGAAUGUAUAUUAACAUUAUUGCAUUGAGACCAAUGCAGUUGUGCGCUGUCCAUGCUUAAAAUGGACAUGUUCUCAUUUGUGUAUGUAACUACUACGUACAUAUAACAUACCUAUACAUAUAACACAUACACACUGGAAAUAUUUGUCAUUUGGAGAGGCUGUGUUACUGUACCCAGUUGUCCAGCAUGCAUUAAUUUUAUAGUUACAGUAACAUGGAGCUGCGGACAUUUGGCAAAUUGUUGUUACAGCUUUUAAUAAGGCCGCUGGGAGCAGUACUGCAUAAUGAAUUGCAAUGAGCAGGCUAGUGAUGCAUUGCGUUUGUGAAAUUAGGCAUUACUAAUCUGUAUAAAUUGUAUUUUCCCAAGAUGGUAACGUUUUACAUUUUCAUAUAUCUAGAAAAUCGUUGUAUUGAGAUUUGCAGAUUUAAAAAAGGGAAUAUAUGUAUCAGGAACACAAUUAAUUUGUAUUAAUGAUUUCUAAUACUUUCAUGAACCUCAUGAGAGCCUUAGAUGCAAACGUAAAAAGAGAAGAGAUUGGACAGCAUAGAACAUUUAAUAAAUUCUGCACCACUACCACUGAUUUUAGUUUUAUUGAGACACUUUGAAAGCAAAUACACUUAUUGAAAAACAAAAUAUGGAUAAUUUUCAGUAAAUCAAUCUGAAAUCUUUAGGUGGACCUGUUGGGUGUAUGUAAAACAAGAUAUUUAAUCUUUACUGUGCUUAUCAAACUUUGUGAAUAUGUAGGUCAUUACCCCCCCUCGAAUGAGGUGCUCACAAAUGUCUGUAUGUGUAGUAUGCCUGGCAUGCUUAUUUGCAAAGGACAAAGGGUACAGUAAUAUAUAUAUACAUAUAGGCAUUUUACACCGUUCCGUGCAGGUCUGUGAGAGUUCGGAAUUUUGGGGAUGUCCUGGAACUGCUAAACAGAGGGCUUACGUGGAUUUUAAUAUUGGAUAAGGUCAAUAUGGUAAUGGUUAUUUUGGCACUUAAUUGAAUUAAAACUGAAGUUGUUAAA